GGAGAGGAUAAUCCGGGGCUUUGACACUCUACUCCUGUGUCCUGGAAUUGGGUAUUGGCCAUAUAGGGCCGAAAUGCUAUCCAUGAAAUCAAGUUCUGCUUUGCACCAUGGCCGACCGCGACAGAGCUCGCGAUCGAGACCGAGAAAGGAGACGAGACAAGGAAGACCGUGACCGUGAACGCGAUCGAGAUCGAGAACGAGAACGAGAUCGAGAUCGAACACGCAGUAAGAGAUCCCGUUCUCGCACACCUGACAAGGGCAGGUCCCGCCACACGCGCUCCCGCACGUGUUCUCCUGACCCUUACCGUUCUCACUCGCGUUCACGUUCUCCAGGCGAACGCUCCCACCGCCGGCGGCAUCAUCACCACCGGACACCGUCGCCUGAACCUCUCAGGAAGCGUCAUCGUAGAGAAUCUACUGCGGAAGAUAAUAGGGAUACUCAGAAGGUGGUCUCAGAUUUUGUGGAUGGGAUUGCAAAGGAGCAGCAGCAGAAGCAUAAGGAUAAUGACGGUGGCGGUGGUAAUGUCGGAGCGGAGGGAGAAAAUGGGAUGGACGAGGAUGAGAUGGAGAUGAUGAAGAAAUUAGGGAUUCCGAUUGGGUUUGACUCGACCAAAGGAAAGCCGGUGCCUGGUGCGGAUGUGAGUGGUGUUAGAGCAGUGACCAAGCGGCAGCCCAGGCAGUACAUGAACAGGCGAGGAGGUUUUAAUCGCCCAUUGCCUGCGGAGAGGAAUCGGUAGAUUAACUCUGUUUUUGAGAUGGGAGAUGUCCUUUGGGAAUGGUUCAAGCAUGGAGAACCUUGGAUGCUACUUGGUAGGAAGCAAAAAAGCGUGUAAGAAUUGAGUCAUUCCUGUUGUGCAUCUAACAUAAUGUGCUACCUUUAGCUCAAUGUCCCGUGUAAUUGUUGUAUGGCACCAGAUUUUUUCCCCCAUGUAUUUCUAUGCUUGCAAGUAGCACUCAAAAUUAUUGAAUUUUUCAGCGUCUGGGAUCAAUUGCCUUGUAUCGUGAUUAUGCAGAGAGAAUUCUAGACUUUACCACCAUGAUCAAUAGGUUCUGAAAAUUCAUUAGUGCUAUUUACAUAUAUAAACCGUUUCCUUAGAUUUGUGGGUACAUUCCUUAUGAAUCAAGGGAUUAAGAUUUUAAAUGAA